AUGCGAACCUUAGCAAGAUAUGGCUGUUUCAUUCUAGUCGUGAGUUUAGUGUUCUUGCUCUCAUCACUGGGGAAUCGAAAAUGUGAUGAAGUGAAGAAAGAUGUUCCCUACUGGUCUGAUAAACCUAACAUAGGAAUCCGCCCCGAUAACAGGAAUGAGGCCUGUGAUAUGUAUAAAUGCUUCAAUUUCACGAAAUGCUCAAAUGAUUCAUAUAAAAUUCAUGUCCUCCCAAACGAAGAUGGACAGAUAAUAUCUCCAGCAUAUAGCAAAAUUCUGUCGGCUUUGAAGCAGAGUACUCUGCAUACAGAAGAUCCAAACGAAGCUUGUAUAUUCGUCUUAUCAAUAGACACUACUGAUCGCGAUAGGAUAAGUGAGAACUAUAUCCCAGAUUUAGAUGCUUUAAUUGCAAAUUUACCUGCAGAACUGUGGAAUGAUGGUAGAAAUUUCGUCGUGUUCAAUCUUUAUCACGGAACUUUCCCAGAUUAUUCAGAUCACAACUUAGGGUUUGAUACUGGGAAAGCUAUAAUCGCCAGAGCUUCUCCGAGUGUUCAGAGGUUUCGGUAUGGAUUCGAUGUUUCCUUCCCUUUAUUCCAUGGAGUUCAUGAUCUACGGUCUAACAUCGAGAGAGAAAUAGACUUUGAACCAUUGGAUUCGUUGUUAGUGUCUUUCAAAGGCAAGAGAUAUGUCUACGGAAUCGGGUCAGAAACCAGGGAUGCUCUACAUCAUCUCCACAACGGGGAUACGAUUGCCAUGAUCACUACAUGUAAGCAUAACAAUGACUGGAAGGAGCAUCAAGAUAGUAGGUGUGAGCUGGACAAUUUGGAAUACGACAAAUGGGAUUAUGUUUCGACCAUGACUAAUUCUACUUUCUGUUUAGCACCUCGUGGAAGAAGACUUGGCUCAUUCAGGUUUUUGGAAGCCCUUAAAAUUGGUUGCAUUCCUGUCGUUUUGUCAGAUGAUUGGGUUUUACCUUUUGCGGAAGUGAUCGAUUGGUCUGAAGCUGCUCUUGUUAUUGCUGAAGAAAACGUGCUACUUGUUACUGAUCUCUUAUAUUCUAUACCUCCGGAGCGAAUCAUUUCCAUGAAACAAAUGUGUCAUUAUUUAUAUAACCGAUAUUUCAAAGAUGUCGAGAGCAUUGCCGUAACUACUAUGGAGAUCAUUCUGGACAGAGUACGAUUAGCACACCGAGAAGAACUUUCGCAUAGAACUUUUCCACUAUCGAGAAAAAACUUGGAUCAUGGAGUGACACUCAUAAUAAGAGCUGCUGAUAGGCAAUCUGCCAAAUUGCAACACCUCGUCAGUUCAAUCACAAAUUCAAUCACUGUUAGAAAUAUUUGCAUUCUUUGGCCUGAUGUUAGAGGUGUUCCUCCACAUGGCGCUGACUUUGGGUUAGCUAUACCAACCCAGUUCUUUGGUAGAAACGAAAUAGUCAAAUGUUUCACGCAGAAGGGAUUAACUUCAACAUACAUCCUUUUCGCCGAUGAAAUAGUGGAUUUGAAAACUGUAAGCUUAGAUAGAAUGAAAUAUUACAUGGAGAAUUUCCCUGAGCGGGUGAUUGGCUUGCAUGGAUUGAAUGUUAAUUUUGAAAAAACUGAACUCACUUUCUCGACUACCUACAACGCUCUUUAUCCUUCUGUGAUAGGGUUCCAUCGAAGCUAUUUAGAAGCAAUCAUUUCCAUUCCGAAAGAUUUCAUCAAUGAAUGCCCCAGUGUUGCUAUUAACAUUGCGAUCUCAGAGAAAUCGUUGAAACCCCCAAUACUACUGAGAGGACAACACAACGAAAAUGAAAUGAACAUAAGAGAUGAAGCUGAAUGUUGGAAAAAGGCUACGGAAAGAUGGAAAAAGCCCUCGAUCUUCUACUCUGAUCUCCUUUACAAUUAA